AUGUCAUUUAUGACAUAUUAUUUUUUAUUGCUGACUUUAAUUUCUUAUUGCUUUGGAGAAACAUUGUGCCAAAAAGAAACAGACAAUAAUGCAAUAAUUUAUAUUAGUAGUUCUGGUUGUAGUACAGACUCUUAUUCCAUAGAUAAUUAUUUAUAUGAUUAUUCUAAAUAUAAGUCAGUGAUAAUUAGAUUUUCAACUGUUAAUAAUGACAUUUUUUUUGGUUCAUCAACACAUAUUUUCAAGGCACGUAAUGUUACUAUAGAACUAGUACAAAACUUAACUAGUUGCUGUUCUCAUCUAUAUUUUAAAAAUAUUGAAACAGAUUUUGAACUUCAUUUGAUUAAAAACUCCUAUUCAUUCAAUUAUAUUAACUUUGAUUUCUACAAUGGAAAUAGUCCAUCAAAAAUAACUGGAGAUGCUGAUAUAAUAUAUGUUUCAGGAAAUGAUAAUAAUGAUAAUAAUUAUCAUUUACCAAUUCAACGAACUUACUUUUCUUCAACCAACAGUUUAUUGGGAAUAACACCAGAUUAUGGAAUAAAGUAUUUGAUAUCAUCACAUAAAGGAACCUUUAUCUCAUCAUUACUUCAACUGAAUCUUUUAAUUCAAACAUGUAGUGGGAUGGUUCGUUAUUUCUACGAAAAUAAUAUUAUAAUUCAUGACAUAACAUCAGAAUGUACACGUACAUUUACAAAAGACGAUGAAGAUGACUUUAAUUCAUUUGUUAUUACCGUAUAUGUAUCUUUAUUAUCUUUACCUAAUGAUAAUUAUUUGAUCUCAUUAUCAACUAAUAAUUAUGUUAUCAUCAAUAACUAUAACUCAUCAAAGAUUCAUACAGUUUAUACAUAUCCUAAUCAAUGGUUAAAAUAUGAAUCUACAAAUCAAACAACUCUCAACAUUUAUAGAAUGAAAGAACCAUAUCAAAGAAUUGAAUUUACUUUAACAAUUGGAAAAUCAAAUGAAGGUACAGUAACAUUAAUUAAAGAAGUAGAAGAUAGUGACAAGUCAAUUUCAACAGUAAUAAUUUCUUCAUCAAAGCCAUUAUCAAUUUUAGACAAAAUAAAGUUUUCAGAAACAACAUCAUCAAUGAAAAGUCAAAUAAUGUUUAUUGGUAUGGGAGGAAUUACAUUUGGUUAUUGCAAGAAUGAUUAUCACUGUGAUAGUAUGAUUUACAAAGAAAAUGUAAUUGAAUGUAUUCAUUGUGAAAAAGGAUAUUAUCUUAAUUCAAUGAAAGAAUGUGAGUCAUUACAACCAAAUUGUAUUGUUGGAAAUCAAAGUCAUUGUGUUGAAUGUGAAUAUGGAUAUUAUAUUAAUUUAAAUACAAGACUUUGUACUAAACCUAAAAAUAUAUGUAAAUUUGGAAAUGAACCGCAUUGUUAUCAAUGUAAAGAAGGAUAUGUCAAAGAAAAUGGAGAAUGCAAAAGAAUGAAUAAUUGUAAGAAGUCAGAAAGAAAUUAUUGUUUAAAAUGUUCAAAUGGACAUAAAUUAGAAAAUAAUACAUGUGUUAAAGAUGAAGAAAAAGAAUGUUAUUAUGAAGGAAAUGAAUGUGUUUCAUGUUCAAAUGAAUAUACAUUAAAUAAUGGAACAUGUGUUAGUAAAAAACAGAAUCAAAAUGGAAAGAACCAAGAAAUAUAUUGUGAAAAUGGAAAAUACAUCAAGAAUAAUACAUGUAUAGAAUGUACAAAAUCAGCAAUAUGUAAUUCAGAUGGUAUUAAAUUAAAAUGUAAAAAUAACCAACGAUUAGAUAAUAAUAAAUGUAUAAAUAAAACAUGUGAAGAAGGAAAGAUAAAAGAUCAAAAUGGAAAAUGUAAUUCCAAUAUUUCAAAUUGUUCAAAUGAAUCAUAUGUUAAUGGAAAAUGUGUUGAAUGUUCAAAUGAACUAUUACUUAAUUCAAAAGGAGAAUGUAUUAAUACAACAAUAGAAAAGUGUGAAGAACAAAAUACAUAUGGAUGUAAACGAUGUUUAGAUGGAUAUUAUUUAACAACAAAUAUGAAAUGUUCAAAAUGUGAUGAUAAUUGUACAACAUGUUAUGGUUCAGCUACAUAUUGUAUGAGUUGUUCUAGUGAUACAUAUUUAAGUAGUAAUAGAACAUGUCAAUCAAAUAAAGAAUUAAAUGGAACAUGUUUACAAUUAUUAGCAGAUGGAAGUGGGUGUGGAAUAUGUAAUAAAGGAUAUUAUAGAAAUGGAAAAGGAUGUGAAAUAUGUGAAAGAAUGUGUGAAACAUGCAAUCAAAAAGAUAAAUGUAUAACAUGUGCAGAUGAAUAUUUCAUGAGUUGGAUAGGAGAAUGUAAAUCAAUAGACGAAGUUAAAGGAUGUAAAGGAGAAAUAGAUAAAGAAUAUGGAUGUAGAGAAUGUUCAGAAGGAUAUUAUUUAAUAAAUAAAGAAUGUUCGAAAUGUAAAGAGAAUUGUACAAGAUGUUCAACAGAGAAUGAAUGUAAUAGUUGUGAAAAUGAAUAUAUAUUAAAAAAUAAAGAAUGUAUCUACUAUUUAGAUAUUAAUAAAUGUAAAGAAGUAAAGAAUAAUAAAUGUUGGAAAUGUUCAUUUUGGUAUGGAACGAAUGAAGAAGGAAAUGAAUGUAAUAAAGAAGUAGUAUGGUGGAUGAUAAUGAUAAUUGUCAUUAUUAUAGUUAUUAUCAUUAUGAUAACAAUUGUAAUGAUAAUAAUGAUGGUUAAUUACAUAAUGAAGAGAAAAGAAAAGAAAGAACGAGAGAAAACAACAACAAUAUUCAAAAUAACACAAUCAAAUAUCAAAUUCAUAUCACUUGGAGAUGGAAUAUUAACAAAUAAGAAAGAAAUUGAACUUCAAGAAGGAGAAGAAAUUAAAGUGAAUGAAGAAAUACGAGAAUUGAUUUGUAUUGGAAAUUCAAAGAAAGAAAAGAUGAAGAUACAAAUAAGUAGUAAAGAAGAAAAUGAGAAAUAUUCAAUUAGAACAAACCCAAAUGUCAUUACAAUUGAAGGAGGAUAUGCAUGUGAAUUUGAAGUAUUCAUUACAAUCAAAUGUACAACUAAAAUCAAAGAUAAAAUAAUGAUAAUUAGUAAAACACUUAAUAAAGCACAAGAAGAAACAAUCAAAAGUAUUUCUAUUGAAGGAGAAACAGAAAUAUCAACACGACUUGAUCCUGAUGAAAUAAAAGAAGAAAAGAAAAUAGGAGAAGGAACAUUUGGAAUUGUUUAUGUUGGAGAAUUUAGAGGAAAUAAAGUAGCAAUUAAGAAAAUGAAACAAAUUGAGAAAAGUGAAGAUAAAAAGAAAGAAUUUGAGAAAGAAGUAGCAAUGUUAGAUAAAUUUCGAGAUGAAUAUAUCAUUCAUUUUUAUGGAGCAGUAUUUAUUCCUAAUAAAAUAUGUAUGGUAACAGAGUUUGCAAAAUAUGGAUCAAUACAAGAUAUAAUGAACAAAAGAAACAUUACAGAAAUACCAAAGAAAAUAAGAAUCAAAUUUAUGAUAGAUGGAGCAAAAGGAAUUUCAUAUCUUCAUUCAAAUGGAAUAUUACAUCGAGAUAUUAAACCAGCUAAUUUUCUUGUUGUAUCACUUGAUGAUAACAUUGAAGUUAAUUGUAAAUUAACGGAUUUUGGAAGUGCAAGAAACAUUAAUAUGAUGAUGACAAAUAUGACAUUCACAAAAGGGAUAGGAACACCAAAAUACAUGGCACCAGAAAUAUUAAAUCGUCAACAUUACAAAAUGCAAUCAGAUAUAUAUUCAUUUUCAAUAACAAUGUUACAAAUCAUUACAUGGCAAGAUCCAUUUCCUAAAACAUUAUAUCCACAUCCAUGGUCAAUAGCAGAUACAAUCACAAUAGGUAAACGACCAAACAUAAUACAAGAAGUAGAAGAAGAUAUUAAAGAAAUUAUUGAAAAGUCAUGGGAACAAGAACCAAAAGAAAGAAUAACGAUAGAUAAAAUUGUAAGAAUGUUAGAAACAGUUUACAGUAAUAAUUGA